CCCCCCUUCCGUCGUGCAGGUGGCCACGAUGCUGUCUGCCCUGGAGCAGAAGCACUCGGAGGUACGAAACAUUGACCUUUUGAUUCAUUGGAAGGAGGCCUGCCUUCCUUCCCUCUCGCUCUUGCUUGCCCUGUGGUGGUCCUUGCAGAUCAGCUGCCUGAUGUACCGCUUGUCCGCACUGGACGCGUCAGAUCUCUCAUCGCACGUAUGUCUGUCUGGACAUCUGCCUGCACGAUAAGGACGGGUUCACACGCUCUGCCGCUGUCCGAUUGUGUGAUUCAUGAAUGCAGGAUUGUUCGCUCCACAUGAUAGCUGCGUUGGCUCAGUACGCCAAGUUGAAGGCCUCGCUCAAGGCCCUCGUCAAGUCGGCCACCUUCCCUCAGCCACGCACUGAUGCAUCGGUCAGUGAGCAUACAAACCGAUACAAUUCCGAGCGAAUGCGCUGUUUCUGUCUGUUAUGGUCAGGCCAAGCUAGGUGACCUGUCGGCCGACGCUAUGGCUCGUCUGCAGACAUCGACAGACCUGCAGUCUGUCGGCCGCCUCAAGACGACUGCACCACUCAACUAUCACCUCAAGAUGGCCCUGCGUCGCCGGCUGACCGUCGCCGUCCACAAGGCGGGUCUGACGGGCGUGUUGCGGUUUGCGCCUCAGCUGGGCGGCGGCGGUGUGAUGAAGGCGCUGUGGCUGAUGGAGGAGGGGGGCAGCUGGGGAGAGGUGGGCAAUGGACUGCGGGUGGCGCGUCAGUGUGGCUACUGCCAACUGCCCGUCACCGUCGACGCUGUAGACCUGCAGAAGCACGACACCAAGACGGUAGGGGGAGAACAGGGUGCAUCCAUCGUCGUGUGUUCCUGCGUGUCAGGCCUAUUUGUCGAUGCCCCGUGUGACAGCCCAGUGGAUGGUCGUCAGUCGGCACGUGGACUUCCGUCGUGCCAAUGGCCAGCAGGACGGCACCUUCGAGCUCUUCCGUGACAACGCCACCAACGAGAUCCGCGCCAUUCGCAACCAGCCCGACUUCGCCAUCACUCGCAACCCGCCCCUGCCCACCACUGCCGUGCAUCCCCUGCAGCAGCACCCCUUCCAGCAGCAUAUCAAGCCAGACGACCCACCCGUCCAGUCGGCCAUCUGGUUCGACGAACUGGACGAGGCGGACGGGGCGGAUGAUGAGCUCCUUCAUUGUGUACGUGAUCAUCCACCAUUACUAUAA